AUGGCUGUAGACAGAACAAACGGAAUUGUUUUUACCUUGUUCGAAGAUGUUGCCAGUGUUGCGGUAAAAGGAAGUUGUGCAGAUUCAGUUCCCACUCCCACUAUUGUAUUUUCCCCUGAGUACAUCAAUGUAGCUACACCUGUUACAGUACGCUGUGAGUUACCAGAAGGCACAGAGUGCAAUUUCUACAGAGAUCAGGACCCCAAACCUAUAAGAAAAGUGGAUUACAAGCAAGGUGCUUGCCAGUUCAAGUUGUUAUGGAAUGAGUUCAAAAAGUGGAACAAGACUGAAGUAGACCUCAGCUGUGUAAUUCUACAGAACAGACAAGGUGAAACGAUCAAAACCUCUAAACCUAGUGACGCUCGAAGACUUAAUGUGGGUGAUCCAAUUGGAAAGCCCAGAGUUAAUGUGGAGAAGAUUGUGAAUUACCUCAAUCUUCGAUGUGAGGCCAAGGCUGGCACCUCAUGCUACUUUUAUCUGAACAAUGGUGACUCACACUUUAAAAAACAGCCCUACAAAGACAAUGUCUGUGUGGGGCGAGUGGCAGAAGAGGAACUGCAGAGGAAGAGGAGCAGUGCUGGAGAGAUCUUCAUCACCUGUGCUGUGGAGCUGGUGGUAGAGGGUGAAGAUACUGUGACAUCACAGCAUAGUGAACCCCUCGGUAUCACCAUAGAUGGAGCAACUAGUUCCCCAUCAGCGUCCGGUUUAAACACAACUGAUCAGGAGAAGACAGGCAGCAAUGUCACAGCCCGAGGAAGAGUGUUCCUCAUCAUCAUCAUUCUGGGUGCUGGUUCCCUUUUCCUGGUUCUGCUAGCUGGGUCUGUGCUGUGUGUUCUCCAACGCAAGUGUGGGGUUCAAGGCAGGCCUGUAAAUACAGGAAGCCCACCUGAGCAGCAAGACCAAACCCCACCUUGUGUCUAUUCUGUCAUCACAAAGCCGUCUAGGGAUGAGGUGAGUUGGUUUGAACCAGUGGUGAGUUGGUUUGAACCAGUGUGGAUGGGAAAUGUCCAAAGGAGGAGCAGCAGGGGGAGUAGGUGACUAGUCGUGACUAUUCCCCCUAAUCUCGGGGGAAUGGAACUGUCGGCUGGGGAGGGACACAGUGGUGUGAGUGGUGCGAACUGUGGAGAAGGACUGUUUGUGUGUAUGUAUGUGCGUAGGAUACCUACUGUUUGUGUGGAAGUAUGUGCGCAGCUAUAAAAUUGAUGUUUUUGUAUUCUUGACUUCAGAACUUUCUCUGAAUAAACUGUACUAGCCUUUUGCAUAAGCUGAGUCUUUGACAAAUUAUUAUUAAACCCAUGGUCUUACAAACCUCGGGGAUUGGUCAGAGCUAUUGAUUGACUGUUAUUAUCAUUGGGAUUGAAAAUUCUCAUGACAGCUUGGUCCUUCGAGCCAGAUUUCAAUACCUGUUUUCUGUCGUCCCAUGGGAGCGGCGAAAACCGUGCACGGACGGAUCGGAGAUCUGUAAGUUAAACACCUGACCUCUGGAAAUUGAGGUUCCAUUUCAGGCCGGUGGCAAACUGGUACACGACAGAAAACAGUGACGAAAUCCAACCAACAUUGAAUUCUCAGCUGCAAGAUGGUGAGAGUUGAACCGUCGCUGGAGUGAAGGUGAAGAAAGCCCAGCGGAAUCAACAGAGCAGCUGAAGUGAGUAGGCCGAGGAACUUCUGGCACUCUAACACGGAGAGGGCUCGUCCAAGCCGGAAACAGUCAAGCUCUAAUUCAACGUGACUUCAGACCUGCCCAGAGUAUCCAUAUCCUCUUUGGGCUGUCCUUUGUCCUAAGCACAGAUCAGCUCUCACCUCAGAAUCUUAUUCGUUGAUGGCAGAAAGAGGAAAAUAUGUCUCCAUCUUAUUUUCUAAUGAUUUUUGUGGCCGGUGUUGCAGUUAGAAAAUGUUAUGCAGAUUCUGUCCCCACUUCAAGCAUUGUAUUAUCCCCUGGGUACAUCAAUGCAGCUAGAUCUGUCAAAGUACGCUGUGAAUCAACAGAAGGUACAGAGUGCUAUUUUUACAGAGACCAGGAUCCAACCCCAAUAAGAAAAGUGGACUACAACAGUGUUUGCCAAUUCACAUUGUUCUGGGAUGAGUUCAAAACCUGGAACAAGAGUGAAGUAGAUCUCAGCUGUGCUAUUCUACAGAAAAGAGAAGGGAAAAUGAUAACUUCAGAACGUAGUGACACUCGAAGACUUCAUGUGAGUGAUCCAAUUGGGAAACCCAGUGUUGACGUGGAGCAGAGAGGGAAGUACCUCAAUCUCAGGUGUGAGGCUCAACAUGGCACCUCAUGUUAUUUUUACCUGAACAAUGGUGACUUACACUUCAAAAAGCAACCCUACAAAGACAAUGUUUGUGUGGGGAGAGUGGCCCAAGAGGAGCUACUGACGAUGAGGAAGAGGAGCAGCCCAGGAGAGAUUUUCAUCACAUGUUCUGUGGAAAUGGUGAUAAAGGGGAAUUCUGUGACAUCACAGCACAGUGAACCCCUCAGUAUCACCGUAGAUGAUGUAAAUCCUACAGGAGCCACAGGUUCCAUAGCAGAUUUCAGUUCCAUCCCACCUGGAGAGGAGAAGGCAGUCAGUGAAGUCAUCAGCCUAACUACCCAAGAAGAAGACCCUUCCUCAAGGAUCCCCCUCUACAUCGGUCUCCGUGCCGGUCUUUAUGUUCUCAUCCUUCUGGUGGAAUCUCUCCUGUGUUUUCUCUGGUGUAGAC